GGCGGGUUGAUCAUUAUUGAUAGUAUGCCUGACAUUCGCAAAAGAAAACCCAUCCCCCUAGUUAGCGAUUUGGUGAGGUUUCUCUUAACGUCUCUCUUUUUCUCUCCUCUCCAUCUUCCUUUCCAGCAGCUGGCUUUGUCUGCUCUAGGGUUGCUGGAGGUCUCUUGCGCACCCCUCUGGAGCUGGGUUAACGGAAGGAGGAAAAUACAUAGGAUACAUUAUUAUUAUUAAUUUCAUCACCGUCACAUUGAUUACCUUGUUAAUUAAGCAGUGUCCAAACGUUCCAUCUUUAUUUUACUGAGCUGAUGGUUUCCCCUAAACCCCAAAUUGAGCCAGAGUUUCCAGUCCACAUAAAGGCAGGAAUGGGACUCAGUUUUCGUAUACAUGGGGAGAACAGGGACAAAAUCAAACCUAGGAACCGAGAGCAUGUCCGCAUGCUCCGAAUCCCGCCUUGACCACUUAAAUCUCCAAGAACCUUUAUGGUUUAUAUACUUACCUGAAAACGAGGCCCAUUGAGGUCAAUGGGUCUUUCUUCUUAAGCACUGACGUACAGGGAGAGCUCAGCAAAGUUGUUCUUGGGGACUAUAGUACAAUUAACUACUACAAUCCUUUAGCCAAUAUGGCUUAUGGGUCAUAGCCCCCCAACCAAACAAAAACUAAUUUGAUUUUAAUACAUUGUAUAAUUAGCCACAUAUAUCUGAUUUUAGGCUGCAUUUCCACUACAGAAUUGAUGCAGUUUGAUACUGCUUUAUCUGCCAUGGCUCAGUGCUAUGAAAUUCUGGGAUCUGUACCUUGGUGAGAUAUUUAGCACUCCGGUGCUUCAACGAACUACAUAUCCCAUGAUCCCAUAGAAUGGCACCACGACCAUUACAGCCGUGUUAAAUUGCAUUAAUUCUGCAGUGUGGCAGCAGCCUUAGCAUUAACAGGAAAAUCUCAGUCUUGCACCAAGUUCCAGUUCCUAGAAUCCCAUUUGGGGAGCAGAUGAGAAACCGUAACAGUGAAAGCAAUGUGAAAUCAAGAACCGUAAGCAUGGAACGAAGAGAUGCUUCCAGUCACUUUUCGGUCUUUCACAGCUCUCAAAUAAUGUGUUGAUAUUUACCACAAUCAGCCUUUCCGUUCAGUCCAAUGAGAUUCAGAAUGGUGGUUUGGAAGUGGAAAACCUUAUGGCAUCCCAGAAUUCCCCUCUCUGGAAAACCCGAGGAGAGUAUCUGGAAGGAAGGAACGUCCCGUUCUCCGUUACCGCGGCUCCAGGGUGCCCCAUGCUGCAUUUACAUUGCCUUCUGCUUUGCUUUGCUUUGCUUUGCUAACCAGGCUUGUUUUGUCUUGUUUUCUUCCUCUUCUUCCUUCUGCCGCUACUGCUUUCUUCUUCUCUGUGAUGCCAUCUUGGCUGCGUUCUCCCACAGGGGAGCGGCGGUCAAGUUUCUGCGCUGCAUUGACAGCAUGCCUGACAUUAAGCCCGGACGUAAAUCUCUUCCGCUAGUCAUCAGCGAUCUGGCUAUGUCCUUAGUCCAAUCCAGGAAAGCUGGGAUCACAUCCGCACUUGCAUCAAGCACUUUAAACAAUGAAGAGCUAAAAAACCAUGUUUACAAGAAGACCCUCCAAGCCUUAAUCUACCCCAUCUCUUGCACAACGCCCCACAACUUUGAGGUGUGGACCGCCACCACGCCCACCUACUGCUACGAGUGCGAAGGUCUGCUCUGGGGCAUCGCCCGCCAAGGGAUGCGCUGUACCGAGUGCGGGGUGAAGUGUCACGAAAAGUGCCAAGACCUCCUCAACGCUGACUGCUUGCAAAGGGCAGCGGAGAAAAGUUCCAAGCAUGGAGCGGAAGACCGCACACAGAAUAUCAUCAUGGUGCUGAAAGACCGUAUGAAGAUUCGGGAGCGUAACAAACCGGAGAUCUUUGAGCUUAUCCAGGAGAUCUUUGCCGUCCAAAAGGCGACCCAUACCCAGCAGAUGAAGGCUGUCAAACAGAGUGUUCUGGAUGGUACUUCCAAGUGGUCAGCCAAGAUCAGCAUCACAGUUGUCUGCGCACAAGGUCUGCAGGCCAAGGACAAAACUGGCUCCAGCGACCCAUAUGUUACCGUCCAGGUUGGGAAGACCAAAAAAAGAACGAAAACCAUCUAUGGGAAUUUGAACCCAGUCUGGGAGGAGAACUUCCACUUCGAAUGCCAUAACUCCUCUGACCGGAUCAAGGUUCGGGUAUGGGAUGAAGACGAUGACAUCAAGUCAAGGGUGAAGCAGCGCUUCAAGAGAGAAUCUGAUGACUUCCUUGGCCAGACGAUCAUUGAGGUGCGGACGCUGAGCGGAGAGAUGGAUGUCUGGUAUAAUCUGGACAAGAGGACGGACAAAUCAGCUGUGUCUGGAGCGAUCCGGUUGCACAUCAGCGUGGAGAUAAAAGGAGAGGAGAAAGUGGCACCAUAUCAUGUGCAGUACACUUGCCUGCAUGAGAACCUCUUCCAUUUUGUGACGGACAUCCAAAACAACGGCGUGGUGAAGAUCCCAGACGCGAAGGGAGACGAUGCUUGGAAAGUGUACUUCGACGAAACAGCUCAGGAGAUUGUGGAUGAGUUUGCUAUGAGAUACGGAGUGGAGUCCAUCUAUCAGGCCAUGACGCACUUUGCCUGCCUCUCCUCCAAAUACAUGUGCCCUGGGGUGCCCGCAGUCAUGAGCACCCUCUUGGCCAACAUCAAUGCUUACUAUGCCCACACCACUGCCUCUACCAACGUCUCUGCCUCUGAUCGCUUUGCCGCUUCCAAUUUCGGGGUAAGUCCGAUGAAAGAACGGUUUGUCAAACUGCUGGACCAACUCCACAAUUCCCUUCGGAUCGAUCUCUCUAUGUACCGGAAUAACUUCCCUGCCAGCAGUCCUGAAAGACUUCAGGACCUCAAAUCAACUGUGGACCUCCUGACCAGCAUCACCUUCUUCCGGAUGAAGGUCCAGGAACUCCAGAGUCCACCACGCGCCAGCCAAGUGGUCAAGGACUGUGUGAAGGCCUGCCUCAACUCAACAUAUGAGUACAUCUUCAACAACUGCCACGAGUUGUACAGUCGCGAGUACCAGACUGACCCGACCAAGAAGGGCGAACUACCACCAGAAGAACAAGGCCCCAGCAUCAAGAAUCUGGAUUUCUGGUCCAAAUUGAUCACCUUGAUAGUGUCCAUCAUCGAAGAGGAUAAGAACUCAUACACACCUUGCCUCAACCAGUUCCCUCAAGAGCUCAAUGUUGGGAAGAUCAGUGCCGAAGUGAUGUGGAACCUUUUUGCUCAGGAUAUGAAGUAUGCAAUGGAAGAGCAUGACAAACAUCGGCUCUGCAAAAGCGCUGACUAUAUGAACCUGCACUUUAAAGUGAAAUGGCUAUACAACGAAUAUGUCACGGAUCUCCCUUCCUUCAAAAGCCGUGUCCCUGAGUAUCCCGCGUGGUUUGAGCCUUUUGUUAUACAGUGGCUGGAUGAGAACGAGGAAGUUUCGCGCGAUUUCUUGCAUGGGGCUUUGGAACGGGACAAGAAGGAUGGGUUCCAACAAACGUCUGAGCAUGCCCUCUUCUCUUGCUCCGUGGUCGACGUCUUCUCCCAACUCAACCAGAGUUUUGAGAUCAUCAAGAAGCUGGAGUGUCCUGACCCACAAAUUGUGGGCCACUACAUGCGCAGGUUCGCCAAGACCAUCAGCAAUGUUCUUCUUCAGUAUGCUGAGAUCAUCUCAAAGGAUUUUGCCUCCUACUGCUCCAAGGAGAAAGAAAAAGUGAGGAGAGAAGCAACACCGCAGCAACCGGUAGCCAGCACAGUCAAGCCCUGCAUCCUGAUGAAUAAUAUACAGCAGCUCCGUGUCCAGCUGGAGAAGAUGUUUGAGGCCAUGGGUGGGAAAGAGCUGGACACUGAGGCCAGUGACAUCCUCAAAGAACUCCAGGUGAAACUCAACAAUGUCUUGGAUGAGCUCAGCCGGGUCUUUGCAACCAGUUUCCAGCCACACAUUGAGGACUGUGUGAAGCAGAUGGGGGAUAUCUUGAGCCAGGUGAAAGGCACGGGCAACGUCCCAGCCAGCGCCUGCAGCAGUGUGGCUCAAGACGCAGACAAUGUCCUACAGCCCAUCAUGGAUCUUCUGGACAGCAACCUGACCCUUUUUGCGAAAAUUUGCGAAAAGACUGUCUUGAAGCGCGUCCUGAAGGAGCUUUGGAAGCUGGUCAUGAACACCAUGGAGAAGACCAUUGUGCUUCCACCGCUCACGGAUCAGACGAUGAUUGGGACUCUCUUAAGAAAGCACGGCAAAGGGACUGAGAAGAGUAGGGGGAAGCCGUCCGGUCACACUGAAGGCACACAGAUGAUCUUCAAUGCAGCCAAGGAACUGGGCCAGCUCUCCAAACUCAAGGACCACAUGGUGCGUGAGGAAGCCAAGAGUUUGACACCCAAGCAGUGCGCCGUAGUGGAACUGGCCCUGGACACCAUCAAGCAAUACUUCCAUGCAGGAGGGGUCGGACUCAAGAAAACGUUCUUGGAGAAAAGCCCCGACUUGCAGUCCCUGCGCUACGCCCUCUCGCUCUACACACAGGCCACCGAUCUUCUCAUCAAGACCUUCGUCCAGACGCAGUCCGCACAAGGAUCCGGAGUGGAUGACCCAGUUGGCGAAGUCUCUAUCCACGUGGAACUGAUCACCCACCCUGGCACAGGAGAGCACAAAGUGACCGUCAAAGUGGUGGCCGCCAAUGACCUCAAGUGGCAAACCUCGGGCAUCUUCCGACCCUUCAUUGAAGUCAACAUUAUUGGCCCGCACCUCAGCGACAAGAAGAGAAAGUUUGCCACUAAGUCCAAGAACAACAGCUGGUCCCCUAAGUACAAUGAAAGCAUCACAUUCACCCUGGGCACCGAGACGGGACCCGAAUGCUACGAACUCCAGGUGUGUGUCAAAGACUACUGCUUUGCCCGGGAAGACCGGACCGUGGGCAUUGCCAUCCUACAGCUGAAGGACAUGAUGCAGCGAGGGAGCUGUGCUUGCUGGCUGCCCCUGGGCCGGCGCAUCCACAUGGACGACACAGGCCUCACGGUGCUGCGCAUCCUCUCGCAGAGGAACAAUGACGAGGUGGCCAAGGAGUUUGUCAAGCUGAAGUCAGACACGCGCUCAGCCGAGGAGGGCAGCACCAGCUAAGGUCCUCUCUCCCCACCUUACUCUAUGGUCUGUCCCCCCAAAUGAUCUGCUAGAAGGUCCCGUCCUCAUCCCUCCCUCUUUUAUACAGCCAUGUUGAAGCCAUAGAGUUCUCCAGACCACCCUUUCUGCCACGCCACCUCCCUCCACGCCAUUCCUCACCCCUUAAUUUGGGAGCUUUGCUCCUACUGCCAAGGAUCAACCCCGACAACAGUGCCCUCUCGCACACAUUGCACAUUGCCAAAUCAUACCCGCAGACACACAAUUCUUCCUCCAAGCCAUCAGGAGCAGAUGUCAGCAAGGGAAAACAGCAGUCCUUCUAGAAAAGGGGGAGAGAAAUAUAGCGACAAGAGCCGUAGGAGAACAUGGACAGAAUGCAAUUUGCAUAAGUCAUUACUCUGAACUGGUACCUUUUCUCCAGUAACCAAGGCCUAACUAGGUUGACAUUAUGGUUGUAAUUUAAUGAAGGAUAACACCUCCCUUGCAGGGUUGCACUGGUUUUCACUCUGCCUCCCACUGCAGCCCUUUUACAAAUACCUUUAAAAGCAACCAUUCGGUGACUUCCAGGAAACAGGGUAGGAAAGAGUUGCUUUGAAUCGGUAAGAAGAACAAAGUGAUUUGGGAGGCUUUGGAAACAUAACCGUGAUCAUUUUUCACACUGACUUUCAUAGUCUCCAUCAAAAUUGCUGUCUGAUGCUUGGGGGGGGGGGGAACAACACCACCAUCUCCCUUAUGCCUGGGCUUGUUUCUGAUCCUGUCAAUCCAGACUAUUGAUCCAUCUUGUCCAACACUACUUUCUCGGACUGGCAGCAACUCUCUCCACAGUCUUGGACAUAAACCAGACUUUCUUUUUGCCUCCUGAGAAUGCCAGGGACUGAACCUGCAGGCAUGCAAAAGCAGGCACUGUGCCCAUUGCAGACCUAGCGGGAGUAUGUCUGGAGGCCUAGACCUAAACUCCAUCCGCAGGGCUGGAAAAGAAACAGCCCUUCCAUCCUCUCUUUUCAUAUGAACAGGGCUAAAUGUACAAGAUUUCUACCCUUUGUCAUACCUGUGCCAAGCUCUUUCAGUAUUCCGGUGCCCAAGGUUGGUAGGGAAGGAGCAGUUCUCACACAAUUCUGGCUGUCGGUUAAGGACGGUCCCAGGUCCAGAGGUUUCCAGGUCAAAACUGGAGACCUAGGAAUGGCCUCUGGUGAUGACAUUAAAUGUUACGCAUUAAGUCCCCACCGCAGUUGCUCAGAGAGUGUCAUUCAAGCACACUUUGCCUCUUUGGAAAUGCGUUGUGUACAGGUUCCUUGGUCCAUCUCCAAAUGGCUGCCCUUCGAGGCAUUCACUGGCCCCAUUUUGCCAAUUUACCCGUCUUUUCGCCCCAUUCGCGUUAGCAAACUCUGCAAGAAGUCUCCAUCUGCAGCCUUCUCUCUUGUCUAAUCUGGAGUCAACUAUCCCUUGCCAGACACCUCGACCCACUGACUCUCUAUCCCAUCUGCCAUGGUUUCCAACUACCACCAAAUCUGUCUUGUACCCAUGUGUUCCUCCAUCUAACCCCAUAGUAAAUAUUACACUAUGCAGUUAUAGUGCUAUCAUUCCACUUUAACUCUAUGGCCGUCUCCUGUGGUGUUCGGGGUUUUGGUGAUGCCACUAAGACCUCUCUGGCUGAGCAUGCUAAAUCCCUAAACCACAAAUCCCAGGAUACCACAGGAAGCAGCCUUAGCAGUAAAAAUGGAAUCAAAGCAUAACAACAGAGUGCGAUAUUUUCCAUUGUCUACUUAUUCUGACCAACAACAGCUCUUUCAGAUCUCAGGCAGAAAAGGGUUUCCCCAUUGCUUGCUGUGCCCUGGUUUUUAUUUCGUUUUGUUUCAUUUUAAGUGGUGAUGCCAAGGAUUUGGGCAUGGGACCUUCUGGAUGCAAUGCCAGGGUCCCACCAAUAAGCUCUGGUCCCUCCCUCAAAGCAUCCUGGGAACCUCCCACCCGUUCCCCAAAGAAUUCUGGGAACAUAUAUGUUUUGUCGUCGUGGUUUGAGGUGGGAGUAAUUGGAGAUAGGAAUUCGAUUCCCCGCUCAGCCAUGAAAAGCCAUUGGAUGGCAUUGGGCGAGUCACACACUCUCAGCCCCAGAACAUCCCAUGAUAGGAUCACCAUAAGUCAGAAACAACUUGAAGGCACACAAGAAGAAACAAAAAUCAGUUGAGGACAUUCCAGCCAAGAAGGUCAAUUCCAAGGGAGAAGGAAGUCAUAGUUUUUUGUGGGUCUUUCGGGAUAAAUGGCCAUGCUCUAGAAGAGUUUAUUCCUGAUGUUUCGUCAGCAUCUGUGGCUGAAUAAGAGACAGGAAUAAAUUCUUCUAGAACAUGGCCACAUAGCCCAAAACACUCACAGAAAACUAUGGAUGCCGGCCGUGAAAGCCUUCGCCUUUACCGACUGUUAAGCCAAUGGAAGUCUUUAGUAGCCAAGGUCUGCUCCGUCUCCCUCCAGGAUCCUUCUUGCAUUUCUUUCUUCCAAACAUGGUGCAAAGCCAGUCUUGAGCUCAACAUGUUUUUUCCUGGGAUUCUUCCUCAGCCAGUUUCCUGAACCUGUCUCUUCCUUUCUCUCUAACAACCUCAUGCUAUUUUUAAAUUGCAUCACAUUCCCAUACGAUUUACCUGGGACCAAAGCGUCAGAGUUUGAGUUGAAUGUUUAAACACAGUCACAGACAAUACAUACAUGUAUGCGCCAUACAACCACUUUGUAGAAACUGCACUGAACAGAAUAUUUUGUUUAAAAGGACAAAAAAAAGCGGGAAAGGAGAAGUCGGAGACAGGGUACUUCCAGACUGAAACCUUCAAAACACUUGUCAAAAUACAUUCUGUCUUCCCUCCCAGGCUCUUCACAGUCUUUCUAUACAGUUGGCCCUCCAUCCUUGUGGCUUUGCAGAUUUGAUUAUUUGUGGAUUUGACUAAUAUGUUCUCUCUA